AUGUCUGUCAUAGACUCCGCCGAGAUCCUGCUUGGUCGAUCCCUCACAGAUGCAGAGUAUGGCAAAGCAGCCGUACUCGGAUGGUGCAUCGAACUAUUCCAGGCGUUCUGCCUCGUAUCCGACGAUGUUAUGGACAAAUGUCUGGUCCGGCGAACACAGCCAUGCUGGUAUCGUCUACCUCACGUACGCUUGAUUGCAAUAAACGACGCUUGCAUGCUUCGCAGCGCCAUAUUCCACCUCCUCAAGAAACACUUCAGACAAGAGACUUACUAUGUCGAUGUGCUUGAACUCUUUCACGACGUAUCAUUCAACACAGACACUGGUCAGCUCGUGGAUCUCAUUACGGCAUCUGAGGAUACCGUCGAUCUCAGCAAGACGGCCUACUACUCUUUCUAUCUGCCUGUCGCACUCGCGAUGCGUCUUACUGGCAUCCUAGACUCUGAUCCCGCCACCGCCAUCCGGCCUUAUCAAAUUGCCUUAUCGAUUCUCAUCCCGCUCGGAGAAUACUUCCAGGUGCAGGACGACUGGCUUGACUACGCUGGAACAGUCGAACAAAUUGGCAAAGUCGGCACAGACAUCAUCGACAACAAGUGCUCCUGGUGCAUCAACACGGCUCUUGCUCUAGCCAACCCAGAACAACGUGCUAUCCUAGAUGCGAACUACGGGGGGAAAGGGAGGGGCCAAGAGUGUAAGGUCAAGAAGGUGUUUGAGGAGGUCGGCAUUGCGGAGGAAUAUGCGAAGUACGAGGACGAUGCGUUUGCUGAAUCACUGGGUUAA